AUGUUCUUCGUCCGCGACAUGGACAACUCGGUGUACCAGGAGAUGGUGAUGGUCUGCUGCUUCUUUCUGGCGGCGGUGGACCUGUUUUGGGCGUGGGUGUGGUUGAACCUCGAGGCUGAUUGGGUGCGGGCGUUGCCACAGCUGGCGGCGGGUGUUGUGAGCAUCUACGCGGCAAAGAUCCACAUCCCCAGCAACAUCUUGGAGGACAGAAGACGGUUCACGGGCUUGCUGUUGCUGGUCACGCACGGGGUGGCCUUUUUCUUCGGAUCUACAUUUUAUCCAGGCUUCCAAUGGGUUGUCUAUUUGGCCGGGGUUGCGAUGUCCGCGAGGCUAUUCAUGACCAAGGUUGAGGACGUAAACCUCCCGCUCGGAAUCCUGGCGAUCAUUAUUUGCUUUCUACUGGCGGCGGCUGACGUGUGGAUCGUCACGUGGAGCUUAACACCACGGGAGGAUGACGAAUUGCCGAGGAAAUGGGUAACGUUGUUUCCGAAUUCGAUGGCGGCGAUCGCGAGCGCUUACACGGCCUACACCUUGGUGCAGGACCGGCGAUUGCUGGCGAGCAUCUUGGUCACGGUCUGA